CGAGCUUUUUAUGCCCGUCUGCACGCAAUGGCUGGGUUGGGAUUGCCGAAAUUUAGUAGAAAUGCAAACACCGUCCCGAGUCCGGGUGAUCUGAGUGACGUGGAACGACUUGAAGACUUCCCAGAAGCUGACUUCAGAGGCAUGACGCUUUCUCUUAGCCAGGAAACGACUGAGGCCGUUUCCCCGAUACAACCGUCGGCGGAUCAGCGCGGCGUCGGUGUAUCGUGCCUGGGUUCCACUCGCUGCCGAGCAGAUGCAGGUAGCUUGGAUGGGAAUUCCGGGAGCACUACCGAAAAUGCGUCCACUGCAUCGACGUCAAGCAUUGUGCGGCAGUUCUCUCGGGAGCUGUCAGAGGAGGAGACAAAGGAGUACUUCUCAGUACGGGAAGGUGCCGUGGAGAAAGCGGCAGAGCAGUGCAGUCCGGUCCUUAUGAAACACCUCGACGGUGAACUCAGGGGUGUCUGGCUGCUGACAGAGAUUGACCACUGGGACACGGAGAAAGAGCGGCUCCUGUUCCUGACUGACUACAGCCUUAUCGUGCUCAAGUAUGACUUCAUCACCCUCAAGCUGCUCGAGUACCGGCGGCUGCACCUCAAGACGUUUGACGUGGUGCAAGUGGGCCUACUCACCUACCCAAACAAGUCGUUCAUGCCGAAGCUCAGUUCUGUGAUGGACACGGUGCGCAAUCGGCUGGUGUCCCCGAGGCGUCGGGGUGGCAGCGGCGUGCCCCAUGCUGCUGCGCCCCCUGGCCAAGACGUGCUCGUGGGCUGUGGCGAUUUCGAGGCAGAGGAGGCCACACCGCUCUUUCCUGCUGCUUCUGCUCUCUCCUCCUCUUCUUCUCCUAACAGUCCUCGCAACCAGGAAGGAGUCCGUUGCAUGUGGGACCAGGGCGCCCAGCUUCCUGUCCUUAAGGACUGGAACCCAUGGUGCCGCGAGAUCCCCUGGGUGACGUUCACAUCGCAUCACCUGCGGACCACCCCGGUGGGCAGCUCCCACCACGAUGUGGGCCUCUUUUCGCGUGCCCUGGUCGAGGCAGUGACGCAGCUGGAUGCUGCGCAGGCGCCACCUGCGUCACUGGUGCGCUGCACCCCGUGCCGCGUCCUGUACGAGCCUAUUGUCGUGUGCAGCUACCUGGGCGUGGCCGCGGCCUUCCACAACACCACCCAACUGGGCUUCUUCAAGGCGCGUGGCAAGGUCAGCUUCUGAGCUCCGCGCUUUUGUUGCUCUGCCGUCUCCUGCUCUGGUCACAGUGCUGGCGGAGCAGCACAAGCGCCAUCGACGGAGUGAAUGACCGGGUGGACGUGAGCUGCCGAGUGAGUGAGCAGAACUAUGCCUGUGUGCAGAAGGCCACAGGAUGUGGAGCAGCCCAACGAAACUGAGCAUAUAAAUUAGGCCUCGAGUGGCGGGUGGUUGACUGAAAAACUGUGCGGUGAAAGCAAACGGCUGGUUUGAUGUAAACUGUUGAUGGUGAAACAGAAACUCCGCAUUCAGGCAGACGGAAUGCAGGGAACUUGAGACAGAAUUGGGAGUUACAUUGGUGGCGGCAGUAUGGAAGAACAAAUGAAGACCAGGUGGCAUGACAGGUGCCACCCAGCGGUUUAGGCCCCAACACUUUUUCUUCACUACGUCGCGUACAUGAGUUGACACGAAGCGAUGAUAUACGCAUGUCAUGUACACCCCCGGGGUUGCCAAGAAUGUGCGAGUAGGCAGGCAGAUCUGGUUGUGGUUGCCAGCCAGUGCAGGGUAGCACUGGGCUUCGAUUACUUGCGGCUUUUGAAUGAGUCUGUUGUGCAGAGGAUGGGAUCAGACAGCGGGGACCAUGAGAAAAAAAAGAAUGCAAGAAGUGAUGAGCGUUGUCUUGAAGGUAAUUGGAACCAUCAUUCCACACAGAAAGGAGCUGUAUGCAUUUUUGCUGGACCCUGUGCCGACUGCUCUCAGCACUCAUGUAUGUUCAAUUUAGCGUGGGGACGUGUCAGGGGUGAUCCACCAUGUCCAGGAGAUGUGCCAGCGUUGACCAAAUGCAGCUUCAAGCAGUGUUUGUUGAAAAUUCAGGGAGGCGAUGGCAAUCAGUAAAGUGGUGUUUGCUAAGUGGGCAGAGGCUGUUCACAUUACGAGCCUCUAGAAUGUGUCUUUCUUGUUAUUGCUCGUGUGGGAACUGGUGUGAACCGUGCUUACGCUUUCCACUGUGAAGCAUUUUGGAUUCCUUAUCCUCAUAUUUGAGGUUUUGUGAAUUUGGCUGGUGGGCUAGGGGAAUGGUUUGUAACGUGACUGGUGGAGUUGUGCAACAGGUGCGACCCCAAAGUGUAAGUCAGACUAGCUGUGCUCAUUGUGGAGCCCUUGAUUGAUUUGCACUAGAGCUUUUGCUGUGCCAUGUGCAAGCGUUUGAGACACCGUAUUGUUUGCUAUCUAGGCUGGGCCUGUGUGCAGGCUUUGUUGCCUGAGACAUUCCAAAUGAGAGCACACAACAAAGGCUCGUUAAGUCAUUGACUUAGUGGAAGAGCAGACAGGCAUCUCAUGCUGCAUGUUGUCAUAUUGAAAAGGCUGCCCUCAUGUUAAGUGUUAAGCCCUGAAGUUGUGUCUAUGACAAAAACUGCAGUAUGCAUUGCAGCAGUGUCUGCAGACAGAGAGGCGGCUCAUAAGCCAGGCUGCUAUCGUUGCUCUCUGUGGCUAGUAGGUUAUGUAUGUAUAGAAAAACCAUUUGUCUAAGAUUUGCACUUGCUUUUGAAAUGCGUUCAAUAUGGUGGCAAGGACACCACAGUGUUGAUUCUUGGCCGUUGUCGAUGUGAUGCCUGAUGAUGUCAGCAGGCGCAGCCAUCAAUGUCAUGCCGGUGUUGUGGGUAUGUAUCGCGGUAGUCGUAAUUCUAAUUGUUCAGUUACAUGCUAACUGUCUUUGUGAACAUCUUGCAUAGCAAUGCCCACAGGCAUGUGCGCACCUUGGAGGCUGUGAGAAAAGUGCAUUUUCCUUUCGGUGUCACUGUGCAACCUGAAUUUUGGAGGUGUAUUGUGGGGGCAGUACUUAAGUGUAAAAUUUGGUUGCCUGCUCAUUUGUGGCUGUUGUAAUCCACAAGCUUUCGUUGGUGUUAUAUGUCUAUUAACUAACUGCUUGUAAGUUGUUUCUCCUGCUCUAUUUAAUGUCUGAUUCCUGAACCUGGAUGACUGUGAAACUGAUGUUGACAGAAAGGCUUGCAUUUCAAGCUCCACUUUGUUCUCAUGCCUUUUUCUUUGCUUCUCCAGCCUGUGAGCAGAUGCAGUAGAAUAUGGGAUUUGGCCUUCAGUGAAAGGGCAUUACUAAUGGUACAUUUGAUUAGUCACUUUCGAGCAUUUCGUGGUGUGGUUUACAUACGGCUAGUUAAAGUCGAGCGCUCGGAACACAUUCACGUAGUUCAUUCAGAGCGCCAUGCUCUAUUUCAGAGUACUCGAUGGUGCUCCCCCUUCCAGGAGAGGAGCGCAAUCAAAAUAUGACCAAAUGCUGAUAAUGUGGUGUCUCCGAUAGCUCCCAGAGCUAUGAGAGAUAGCUAUCAGAACUAUCUCGCUCACUACAGCUCUUAGAGCUACUAUCUUGCUAUUGCACUGCCCCCUUCAAGAUGGGAGCACAACCAAAAUAAGACAAAUUCAAAUAACAUGGCUUCUUCAAUAGCUCUGGGAGCAGCUGAACGUUCAUUCCAAGCAUGCUUUUGCUGGCUCAAAUGACGAAAGGCUGCUGUAUUGCUGCAAAUCGAUUCGGAGCACGGUAAGAGCCACUUGGCUGUACCGUUAGUAGAUGCGCUGCUGCUCUUUAAGUGCCGAUGUAAACUGUUGCUUCUGAAUGUCUGCUGUCAUCGGUGCAUUUGCUGUAAUUGCCAGAAGGUGGUGCUUGUGCGGGCCUUCCAGUGCAACGACUUCGGUGCUUGCAAGUUACAUCGCCCUUCCAAUGGGACGACCGGUUUUGGUACCCCUGUUCUCUUGAGGCGUACACCUCGUGUCUCGUCCCACGUCUUUCCUGUGGUAACACAACGAGGCAUGCCAGCUCUUUUCAACUCUUGAGCAUUUAUGGUCCCUUUCUUGCUGUGAUUGCUUUUUAUAUGUCCUUGAUGCAGUUUACCCUUGACUUAUGUGCCGCGCUGACCCUCAGCCUUGUGCGCAAUGUGGCAGUGUAUUUUAGCUGGGUGUGAAACCAGCGCUCUAAAGAGCCUGGCAGUGCGAUUUAUGUGCCGCACUCAGGACGGUGACAGAAAGUUGGGUUGUUCACAUGUUAAAAGCGUUCGGACUUGCCAUGUUUUUCGCCCACGUGAUACUCAUUUCUUUUUUCUUCUUUUCUUUUUUAUGGUUGAGGCAGUGCAUUCCGUAGUUGGUAGGUUACUUGGUGAGCCAUUUAUUAAAGGGCUUUAAUAGAGCUGCAAUGUGCCAACCUCUGAUAAAUUGCUGAUUUUGUUAAUGUGAGAAAGGGGAUACUUUCGUGCCUAAGCACUGAAAAAUAUGAAUGUAUGGCAGUAAUAACAUUUCAUAGCUUCGCUGGUCAUCUGCAGGAAGCCUUACUGCAAGAAAUGGAGCAUCCUUAUUUCAGCAGCCACCUUACCCCCUGGUUCUUUCACUUAGCAGAAAAGUUUGGAAAACAUUUUUGUGAAAGCUGUUGAUGCUUGAUACCUUGCCUAGGUGAUAGGUCCUAUUCGCUCGUUCAGUUUUGUGUUGGAGAGAUGUUAAUAUUUAUGCGAGUGCUUUUUGUUUGCACGUGUUGCUGUCCAUGCGCUUUGUGUCAGUACGCCCUAACGAUUAUUUAUUCAUCAGGCUUUUACCACACUAAGACACUGCUAGGUAGUUUAGCCCAUGUGUGACUUCUGCAGCCACAAAUCAAAAGGUUAUGUUUCGUCGUCAGUGGUAAUGAGAGUGUUUUGUUGAGCAAUGCAUCGCUCCCUGUCUGUCUUGAGGGGUGAUGGGCAUACGUUGUUGCGUGUACAUGUGAACAUUUCUAUUGUGAUGGCUAAAACGGGAUGUGCAUAAUUGUUUCUCAGUGUAUUCUUGAGCGAGUGUGUUAUGAGAAUCGCUGUUUCGGUGUUGGGUAACUGCACAUUCUCGCCACCAUAAUGAUGGUUGUGUACAUUCUCAAGUGUUUCAUUUUUGGGUAAAUGUAAGACAUAAUUUCCAGCACAGAAAGAAUCCAUUUCAUCGUUGCAUAUUGACGUUGUUGGGAGAUUGUGACCUAAGUGGUCUGAGUGAUCAUGGGAGCAGUACCACAAGCAGGGCCAGUUGGGCCAGUUGUACCACUUGGGCCAGUUGUUCGAAGGUCACUAUUAAGAACAAUUGAAACAUUGCGAUACAACAAGAAAGACAAAGGGGUAGGAGGCACAUGCGAAUGCUGACUCACAGCUGAUGGUGUUAUUUUCGAACAUAUGACGUGUAAUGAGGGGUGAUUCAAGUGUAACAGAAGGAGUAGGGAUCAUUGGAAAGGUAUAGAUAGUGCCAUGAUACAGUUUUCACAAACGUGUCUGCAGAAGAGCAUGAGAUUCAAAGUUUAGUUUGAAAUUUGUUUAUUUGCCCAUUGAUUACAUGGCGAGACCCGAGGAAAAAGUUUCCCUUAGGGCGAUUGGACUCAAGAUCUAAAGAAAAACUGUGCUGAAGCCAGAUGAACCUGGAAAGUGUACCCGUUGGGUGCCGGACAAUAGGUUUGCAGAAAAAUCGUUGCACUUCUUGCACAAUGCAGAGUUACUGGCUUUUGUUUGAGUUCCUUUUAUUUCCCGUGUGGGCCUUGCGGCAAAUCAUCCUCUCAAAAUGAUAAAAACGAAGCGCCUUGACAACCCCACUACCAGCCCCUAUUACAUGCAGCAUUCGGCAAUAUAUUCGAGUAACAAUAUGGAAUUGUAGCAAAAAAGAAAGAGUAUUCAUGCUUAAAAAUCCAGUGAUUUUACAGCAAAGCAUUUUACUGCAAGAAUGAUUACACAUCCCACCAAUAGCUGCCGAUUGUGUCAGUAAUUUGUACUGUGGAACACCAUGCCAGUGGCGUAGCCAGGAGGUGGCACACCAGGCACGUGCAUUGCCCCCUCCUUACUCUCGUUCAAGUGAGUGCCCCCCCCCCACAGAAGAAGAUAUCUUGCUACACCACUGCAUCGCAUUAUGGCACUACCUGCUGGCAAUAAAUGUAGCUCUACAAGCAAUUAAACUUUCUUGCUGUUAGAAAAAAAAUCUUGUCUUUGUAAGCAUUUUUGUGAAAACCGCAUAAUGCAACUAUCGUCCGUGCUUUUAGAGUUACAUAUUUUCUUUCUAAUUUUGCGUUUCUUUUGAGUCACCCUGUAUGUUGCAUAUUCAGGGAUCAGCAUCGUGGAGAUCCAAUCGCAGGUUUUAGUUGUCUCACAAUUUUCUUUUUCAUUGUUGAACCUGAUACAAGCACCAGUGCAUAUGUUUGAUGUGUUUGACAUAUGUAAUAACCUGUAAGUUCUAUAUGGCACUAGUCAAAUAUGUAUGUAGCUUUCUUCAGGAAAGCGUUCAGUUGUGAUUUAGCAGUUGUGUUGGCAAUCUCCUUUAGUGCCAACGUCACAGGCAGCCUUGUGGCAGCAAGAGGUUAGACUUGACAGCCUGACAGGCUGUCCUCACUGGCUUCAAAGCUUGCGUAUAGUAACUCUUGCUCUGUAGGUGUGCUGUGCCGGAAGUUAGUGUUGUGAGCACUGCACAGCAAAGGCUCUUUCCCAUCAAUGCAUUGAAACUGAGCAGAACGACAUUGAAGUUUGUCUGCCUGCUUGCAGUUUCAAGCUUUACUCGGUGCAAUGCCUGCCUGUAGUGAAGUAAAUGACAUGUGCUUGUCUCUGUUCCUUUAUUAGUACUGUUGCCCUGCUGCGUGUCAACCUUUUGGUGCCUCCAAAUCUUUAAAAUGAGCAAAUGAACAGUACAGUUCCCUGUUAAAGAGAACACCUAUCCAGUAAUAAAGCCAUUAGCAUGACUGCAACAUUUAUUUUCCUUUAUCAGACAGUAGUGGCUGAUAUAGUAAGUUGGGUGUAUGUUUAGUCCUAAGAAAAUUUGUUAGUGGGCAUUAAUGAACGUCUUAGGACUAAUUAAUGGCAGAAUACUAACCAUGCGUUUUCUUGUACUAGUGUAUGUGACCCUUUGAUUGAAAUCGUAGGACAAAGAAUAAGAUUUUCGACCAGAAUGAAGAGAGGGGGGAAGCUUUCACGUGCUUUAUCUGGAGUUUGAUUAAGCAAACUUGUGAAAAUUCUGUAAUGUGCAGAUGGCCUUUGUCCAUGUGCAACAAGAAGACCUUCCCCAUUUGCCUAGUUUCAGCGAACUGGGAGAAAAGUAGUGACAUUUCAACAUGAGCUGUUCUAGCAUGUUCAGCCAGCCACUGUCAUGGCAAUUGUUUUGUUUUUUUUUACAAAAAAGAAGAAGAAAGCUCUGGCUUCUGUGUGAGUAGUGAGCACGUUGGCAGAGAUGCUUCGGUCAUAUCCCUGUGGCUUUCAAAACCCUUUAAUGUCAAUUGUUCUUGAGGUUUUCGUUUCUUGAAAGGCCCAAUAUAUUUUGGCUGUCAGCAUAGCUUCCAAUUUUUUUCAGCACCUGUAUAAUAUUGUGUGAUGUAUGCGUUAGUAUGAAUCUCUACUGAAGUGAAAUCCUAUUGAUUUUUGUUUCCCAUGAUGAUAUAAGUAUAUUCCUUGGCUGCAUUUACAAAUUACAAAGCCACCUACUUACAGAGGUUUACUGCCGUUUGUUGUCAUUGACGUUUACAACUGGCCGCUCCUGCAAACUGAGUGCUUGAUGCUCUAACAGUUCUGUGAUGGAUGUAUAGUACAUGCUUUGAGUGGAUGCAAGAUGCUAGCUGCAGAUUUGUAUGCUUCUAUCCUGGAAACAUCAAAUCACUUGGUAAUAGAUUAAACACCUUUAGCUGGACAUAUUUGUUCACACCAUGAGAUUGGUACGUGUGCUAUCUAAUAUGCUAGCCUUCUGCAGCAUAUUUAGGCAACGUGAAGCUGCCAUUGUGGUGGGGCAUGCUCAUUGAAUCAGCUGUUUGCAUUUGAGCGAACUUCAUAUGACGAGCCCGUUUUGCUGUGAUCUUGCUUUAAAUGAUCUGAAUGAGAUGCACUGUAAUUUUGCAGAUUUGCUUUUGUUUAUGGUUGACAAGUGUAGCGUCCAUAAAAAUGUUACAGCUUUAACCAGCAUUUUUUCAUCCCUUGAAUAUCUGUUAUGAGCCCCUGUUAAGCUUGAGAAACUGUGAGGAGCAAAAGCUUUUAUACGUUGAGCAAGCGAUGACAACAUUGUUUAUUCCAUAGAGUUUGGUACAAAAAUCGCUGCGUGAAAAUCUUGUGGUAGCGUCUGCAGUAGCUACAAAUGUGGCAGUUCAUACAGCUUGGCAAGAAUGUGUCAUGCAUACGUGGAUUUGCCUAACUUCAUCCUUUUGUCUUAAAAUGACUUUGCGACUCUGGAAAUGGAUCGCUUUCGAGGAAACAUUGCAUUAUAGACGUGCUAAUUUGCCAUGGUUGUGCAUGCGUGCAGGAAAUUGUUGCCUUCACAUCUUUUUUUUUUUUAAAUAUGAUGGCUCGGAAAUUUAGGAAUGUUAAGCAUAACAAACGAAGUCACAAGAACAUCUGAAGCCAUAACAAUGACGAUCUAUCUACUACAUCCACUGCUAUGCCCACGGUGGCCAAAUUAACAGCACCAGAUUUCAUUCCAACACGUUUAGGGGGAAGCUCUAUGGUUUGUUCCUGUAUGACGGCAUGUAGAAUUUCUAGUUUAAUGCUUAGGAAGGUUUUUACAUAAGCUGUAAUGGUGCAUUGCCCUGUCAUGUUGUAGGCCACCUAUUUGCUGAUAUACCAUGGUGGUGUUGUGCCCGGUUAGUUUGAACUGGCACUUCCACUGUGUGGGGCAUCAAAAACAUUUAGUUCCUCUCUUUGUAGUUGGUUGCGAGACAAACACUUUAUACAGCACUUAUUCUGUUUUACGGAGGCUUUGCAGCCGUGGAAGAUGCUGAUGUGCAGAUUUUUUACUAAGCGUUUAUCCUAAUGCAUGAGCUUAUUGCAGGAGGCUGUCAUUUUGGCAGUGGUGUUGUGUCACCUCACGCAGUUUCUGUUGAAAGUUUCAAAGCCACUUAGCGAGUGUGCAGUAUGUGUCUCUGGAUGCUAAAUAAUUUGACAGAAAUGUCUGUCUGACUGCCGAGCAGCUGUGAUCGUCGGUGUUUAUUGGGUGUGGUGACCAAUGUUGCCUACCGAGCCUGGCAGGUCACCGAGCCUGGCGGGCCAAUGAAGAUUAUGCCCAACGGGGCGUCACAUGCUUGUUACAGUUGGGUAAUUUAAAUAGAAAGCUAUGAAGACAUAAAACCUGUCUUCAAGCUGCCUUGUGAGGCUGCUGUUCACUCACCUGAUGCACGGAAUUCAGAAGGGCUCUCAGUGUUGACGCCAACAAUGUACAGCACUGCAAUACACAUAUAUUUGUAAUAUACAUGCUGCAUGCACUGUUUUGUUUCAACGAAGUCUUUUGCUUCUUUUUAAUUAGGGCCCACUUGUGUCCCGUGCUCAGCCUAAUGACAUGUCUGCUCAUGCACGAGGUGGCUUGGUAGCUUUUGGCAGACUGCCUUUUGCCUGUGCAUUGAUUUGUUGGCUGAGGUCUGUUGGGUACAUGGGUGAUUACAUUUGUACAUACCUUGUGACAAGCAUUUGGCUCUAUGUGUCAUAUCUGACAGUCCUCGCUGCUUUGCUCUUAUUUUUGGCAUCAGUGUGGUACAGCUGGAGGAAUGUGCCAAGUUGAGCUUUAUCUUUGCAUCACAGGAAACGCUGUUUACAUGACACACAAUUGUAUCUUGUGAAUCUUUGCUUAUUGUGCCAGAGCAUCUGUGUGACCUUAAUGUUUCUCCUUUAUUAUUUCAUCAUUGAUGAUUGGUUCUGAAUCCCAGUACUCCCUGCAUACAGAGCAUUGCUCCUUUUGCUGGACUGUCAUUCAAGAGUGCUUAAACUGGUUGCACAGAAAAAUUUCAACUUGUAUGCAGCAAGAUGUGGUCAUUCUCAAUCUGCUCCCUUGCUCCUGUUCCUUUGUGUGUUGAUAUUAAAGACUUACACAAGGGGAAAUGCCUCAAUGUUGACGUUAUGUUGAUUCCCACUGUUGUAGAUCACAUGUACUUCUAGUUUUAGCACGUUAUGUACAAUGCCCUAUUGUCACUUAUGGUCUGAUGGCCCGAUGGUCUACUGCCUUGUCAAUGUGAAAUUCCAAUCGUUUUGGGCCAGUGAAACAUGAAAAUCAUUGCACAGCCCAUCCCCUAUCCUAUUUCUCCAGCUAACUUGUACAGAAAAUUCUGCAGGAACACAGGAGUUGCAACAAUAAGAUUCAUAGUGUCAAUGUUACAAGUGUAUUUCAAUCAAACGAGAGCAUGCCUAAUUGCGACUUUUUAUGCUUUUUCAAGUUGUUUUGUUGUCUAGUCACCCCCUGUACAAAAUGUUUUUUUUUAUGUAACACAGUCUUUAAAACAAAAACAUGUUCACUUGUCUCGGUAAUACUAAAUAUUUGACAAAACAGUGACAUUUAAUAUUUUGGUUUUGCUAUGCUGAGCAUAUUUUUUAUCUAGAACGCUUCAGACUAUCCAGUCGUUUCACUUGGAGAUGAAGACUAGUUAAAUAUUAUGGCAUAACAUUUUUGAACACUCUUUGGCUUCAAGCACUUUGUAGAAGUACAGUGAUAUAAGGCACCAUUAUUGCAAUUGAAGUGCUUUAUGUCAUAACAGGCACUGAUAAGUUUUCAGCAUGAGAAUCUCAUCUAGCAUUCAAUUGUUAUAAGGCUUUUGUGCUAAGAAAGAAUGUUGCCAAGGUUAUCGAUAAUUCUCUUGUAGCAGCUGUAUAUCAUCAAAAGACGUUUGCCAUUUUGUACAUGUAACUUUUGCCUGCCUAAGCCACAUGCAUAAUUUUGUUAUGUGCUGCUACACUUUAGUAUUUUGUUUUAAAAUCACCUCUGUGUUGUUGUGCAUUCAGUCCGUUUAUUAUUCAUGAGAUAUUAUACAUUGCUAAUACAUUGUCUAGGUUUAUGAGAUAACCUCUAGCUGAAAGUGGAGAGGUUCCAGUUGCUGGUCCUGUGAAAUGUACGGGCACUAAUUAGAGGGCUCGCUUGCUUUCGUUUUAUUACGCUUCAUAGUGUGCCACGUCGUACUCGUUUGAAACUUUGUGCCAGAGCUGGAAAGAUGUAUAAUGGAUGAGGUAUUAUUUCUGUAAACUGCCAUUUUCUCGAGUUGCACUUGGGUGCCUGUGUGAAUUUCCAAAUUACUAUUUGGGAUAUAUGUCAGUCUUCUUAGACUUUCAGAUUCAGCGUCUGGUUGAAUAUUUCAGUUUUGCACUGUUCUUUAAUAUGGCACUCGAAUGUUUUAUAGAGACUAGUUUGUGGGCAAGCUUUGCAUAUAGCAUGCGUGUCUUCGCAUACAUGCAUACUCUCUGUAUUAGACGAGUUACUAUUUUUCUCAUGUUGAUUUUUUCUUCUUUUCCUGUUUUUAUUUCUGGGUAUUGCAUUCCUUUUUAAUCAAAUAACUUUAUAGAGGGCAAGAUUUUGAGAAAUGUGCAUUUUUAAAAUAUGUGUAAUCUAGUCCACAAUGAUGUGAUGAAGAGCUUCUAUUCAUGGAAGGCAUUGCAGGGGCCACUUGACGCUUUGACUUAGCCACUGUGUAAGAAUAGACAGGUGUCUUAAUGGUGUCAGCUGUCUCCAAGGCGUGCUGACUGGGACUGUGUUCACGCUUCCUUUAUCCGCCGGCAGGGGUGCUGCACUGUUGAGGGCAUCAUUUUCUGCCAUGUGCUAGUGGUGUGAUGCCCAUCGCUUGCAUAUUUUGCUGCAGAAUGCCCUAAUAACGAGCGAUCUUGCUUCUCCUGUGGCUCUGCUAGCUCUUUGCAAUUCUUUAUUUAUUGGUGCUCACGGCGUUGUGAAGAAAAAUUCAGUAAAUAGCGCUAGGAACUACCUACUGAACCACCUGUCGAGUCUUGAUGUACAGUGUAGUCAUCCAGGAUUGCACAAAGUCUUGGGGAACUUCAGUAAUUUUUCUGCCUUCAUGUGUUGAGAUGUGCAGGCGUUGUUUGUCAAACAAGAAUUCCCACACGUUGCCCCGAUUAUGCAUCAGCGUGCAAGCAAGGAUAGAGAUGUAUUGUGCGGUCCAUGCUGCACGCACCUUUCUGUUUGGAUGUACAAGAACCUUCAAAAUUUCUCACUUGUGAGUGCAAAGCAGUAUUUUGUUCCUCUCUCUACACACUGUUCUCAUCAUAAACAAUUGCUGCAGCAUUAUUCUAGCUAUCGUGUGCAUUGUGCAGAUAUUAACAUCUGCUGCAUGGGGAAAUGUCUGUGCUGUUGUGUACUUGUGUUUUCUUUCUUUUUGCCCCAGCAUGCAAUGUUAGCAUUCAGUAGACAAUGUGGACACUACAUGGCGUAAAACAAACUUGAAUGGAGUAACUUGGAAUUUACUCUAUUUUAGAGUAGGUAAUAUUAUAAGCAGCUUAAUUGCACAGUCGGCAUGCAUGCUAACCUCGCACAAAUUGCUGCACCCGGCGUGGCAAGCCGCAGUCCCUUGCCUUUGGCGCUCAACUUGAAAAAUGGAGCAGUUGCUCUUUUAUUCCUCCAGUGCAUGUGUUCUGGACAAUCUGCACUAUUAAUAAUUUGAUAAUGAACAUGAUGGGGCAGCUCUAAACUCAGCAGGUGCUCUCACUUCAACUUGGCGAACAGUUUUCUGGGGAAAAAAUAAGGCAUAAGCACAAGCUACAUAACAUUGAGUUCGAUUCGGAGAGCCAAUUACUAGUUGUGAUCAUGAAUAACUUAAAAAUUGCCUUCCUCUGCAUUGUUCUGCGUGCUACCAUAAAGCCGUACCAGAAAGUUCUGAAACCUGGACUUAGCCCAGGGAUUCUUGAAUUGUGGCUUCGCAGCAAUCAUUUAAGCAAAUAAAGUGACACUCACAUUCAAGUUGAAAAGUACGCAAUGCUGUGGUUGUUUGAAUGCACUAUUUUCAUUCUGUCAGAGCUCCUUCGCAUUUUUAUACAUGAUCAUGGCGAUCAUGCCAUAGAAUUCCAUGCUUUCAUGCUGGAGAAUAAUUCCCCUUGUGCUUUUGCGCCCCAAGAGAGAAAAAACUACGAACAAGAAACAAACCGAUUCGCAAGCAUUGUUGAGAGAGCUGUCUGUUCUUACACGGUGGACUUAGCUGAGCCAAGGUAUGCUUGCAAGUAUGAAUGGGGUAGACUUAGUGUGUGGGGAAGGAAGGCUCGGAUGACUCUACAUGAUUAUAGUGUCGAUAAGAAGGAAAGUUUAUAAGAUGUACAAUGCUAGUUAAUGACUACGGAUCCUUUAUGCCUCUUGUGGAUAUGUGGGCAGGACAGGGUCCUUUGCUUUCCAAUAUACUCUGUUUUGUACUUAGUAGGCGGCGCUGUGAAGGCUAGAGCUAGAGUGAAUUUGCAACCGAAAAUUUCUACACCGCAUAUAAAAACAAAUGUAUUAGUAUACAAUGAAGUUUAACAGUAAAUCCAUAUGCUAUAAUCAUGUUUACAAAGAAAUUAGUGCAUAGAAAACAACGCCCAUCUGAAUGUACUUGGGAACGGAUGGAGUUUCACAUUAGUAUGGCCGCACAACUUGCACAACUUGCAUUGUCUGAUGCAGGUGCUUGUGAACAGUACAUAGUACAUCAUGUACUGGACACACAAAAAUGCACAAACAAUGUAUGAGGUGACGGAUCAUUAGCUGCAGGAGUUAAAUACUAUAUGGAGGUAUCUGUGACAGGUACCGCAUAUCAAAAAUACACGUCAUGCAUUGAGAUCAAAGACACGAGAGCUUCUGUAGCUUCUGCAGGGCAUUGCCUGCUAGGUAUUGAACAGAGUGUAACCGAACUAGCAUUGAACGAUUGAGCCACAGUGGUUGCUAGGAGAUGUAGCGCAACUGUUGAAAGUGCUUCUUUGCAUACACUGUGCUCUUACUGAUGUAUUUCCUUACACUGUCUGGCUGCAUUAACUGUGUGGUGGGCUUGACAGAAUCAAUUUCACUGUCAUGCGCUUCUUCCGCGUUUGCUUUCCCUGAAUGCACCGGUUGGUGCUGUAGCAUAGAGAUGCAUUUCAUUGUUUGAUGUUGUACAAGCGUCAGCCUACCAUCCGUAGCUUCCCAGCGUGUUCACAUAUUAGUUGGCUUGCUAAGAGCACUUGCUUGUGUCUGCCUUCUUUUGUGUUGUGCUCUGAGGUACACAAACCCAGGUGAAUGCUAAUGCCUUAAAGCUUGAUGCCCCGAUUGCUGUUCAACUCCACGGCCUUUUCUUCCGGUGCCUGCAUGGACGAACGCAUUCCCGCAAAUCCCAAAUAGAGCACAUAUCUAAGUAAUCGAAUGAUGUUAUUUAAACCAUUGUUGUUUCUUGUUCUGGUGUGGUUAUAUGAAUCUCUCGUUCUCGCCAUAGCCUCUUAUUUCUAUUUCGAGAAAAAUAAAGUUAUUUUGAGUGGA